UAGCGGAUCACUGGAUCAGAUGAUCUGACGUCACAGCUGAUGAAAUAUACAUUGUUGUUGUUUGCAAAUUUUCCGUCUUUCUGAGGCGGAGUUUGCUGAAGGAAAACCAUUUCCGACAAACUCCCUUUGUAAAAAUGGGUGGCCAGGUUUCAAGGACUGAUUUUGAAUGGACUUAUACAGAAGAACCUCAUACUACAAGAAGGAAAGAAAUCUUAAGUAAGCAAGUUUAAGUGCUUUCAAAGGCAGGGCUUGACAGCUGAUGCUUGCCUGAUUCAGAUUUAUCUUUAUAUAGAGAAAUCACCAGUUACUUUUCACCUUACUGACUCGCCCUUUGAGAAAUAUUGAAAACGUUUUAGAUCUUUGCUCUAUUCUAGAUGUUUUAGCAAAGAAAUUACGUUUCGCCAUUUGAAAAGUAACCGGUUGUUGUGCUAUAUACUGGCGUAUUAAAUAUGUGCAACACAAAUUUAAACCUUACCGAAAUAAACAUUGUUUAAAGCGUAUAUGUGUGUAGUUUUCGCUUGUAUUUGAAUGUUUAAUACAAAGCUUAGUUCCUGUGUGUUAAGAUAAAGUAUAUUGCUUUUCCAAUCUCAAAUAUUUCUGUAUUUAUUUUGCGAAUUUGUCGGAGGAUUUAUAUUCUACAUGUUUGUUGCGAAAUGUCAAAACGUUUGCAUGCUAAGUUUCGCACGCGGUCUAAAUGCAUUUCUUUGUUAUUUUGACAAAAGAGAGUUAAAACUGUAAUAAAUGUAGUGCUUAAUAGCAUCGGAUGUCUGCUGAAAUUCACAUGCUUUCCUCUCGCAAAGCCGACGGAUUGAGAAAUGUUUGUAUUUCAAAUCUAAUAAAUAUUUUAGACAAAUAAAUUCUCUUGCAUGUUGCAACACAUUUGACUAUUUCAGGCAGACGUUACGGUACUAGACAUAUGUAAAAUAGGUUUUUGCCACAAAGAAUAAACGAUUAGUCACCGUACAGCAGCUGCAAAUAAGGCCGCUCCUUUAAUAGCAUAUAAACAAGGAAACCACUAGAAAAUGUAAAAUUCAUAGCCAACUGAAGAAUUCACAAUUUGUUUGCACUUUUAAUAUUUACUGCAGACAGUUUCUAUUUAGCAGAGGGAAUUUGCAUUUUCUCCCUGUGAAAAUAAAGUGCCAUUAGCAUGGAAAAUAUCAAAGUCAGGUGCAUUAGGACAUACUGCAGCUUAAUGGGUUUAAUAGCUAGGUUAGCAAGAGACAUUGGCAGACACUGCAACACUUUCGCUUUGAUAUUAGACCGAGUAAUCUAAAAACAUAGGGAGCAUUGUUAACCCAUCAAGUGCAAUACUCUUCCCUUGACAAGUAAAAUUGUCUGGAGAUUCACACAACACAACUUUCGCCUGAAACUGUCACAUGCAACCUGCUUACAACCCGAGCAGCACUGUGUAAAUCAACACAACUCACCUACGACAACAUAAGUGAGUUGUGAGCUUCAUUUACACAGCACAACUCAAGUUGCAAGCAGAUUCGCAUGCGACAGUUUUAGGCAAAAAUUGUGUAGAGUAAAUCAGCCUUAACCCAUUAAGCUGCAGAGCUUCCCCAUUGAGGAGUAAAAUCGUCUGGCGUUAGACAAGUAAAAAAAUAAGUAGGGCGCAUUGCGGCUCAAUGGGUUAAUUAACUAGAGACAUUGUCAGAUUUUUUGGUUAACCCUUUAAGCUGCAUAGCUUCCCCAUUGACAGGUAAAAUCGUCUGGUGUUAAGACAAGUAACAAAAUAAGUAGGGCACAUUGCGACUCAAUGGGUUAAAUUGUUAACCCUAAAACAUUCCCCUUGACCAAUAUAUUGAUCUGGCAUUAGACCAAGUAAAACAACAAAGGUGUAUUUCAUCAAAGUAACUUUCCUACAUUGUUUUUUUUUUUCAUUGUAGAAAAACAUCCUGAAAUAAAGACGCUGAUGGUAGUUGAUCACCAAUUCAAAUACCAGGUCGUAACCUUGGUCAUCCUGCAAUUCAUUGCCGCAUAUUUUGUUGGACAGCAUGCCAACUGGCUUAUGGUGUUUGUACUUGCCUACUGUUUCGGCGGAGUACUUAACCACGCCUUACUUCUGGCUAUCCACGAGAUUGCCCAUAACGCAGGGUUUGGUCAUAGCAAACCAUGGCAUAACCGGGUCCUGGGUAUGACUGCAAACCUUCCCAUUGGAGUACCAUGCACAUUCUCGUUUAAAAAAUACCAUCUUGAACACCAUCGCUAUCAAGGGCAAGACAUGCUUGAUGUCGACCUGCCAAGCGAAAUGGAGACCAAACUGUUCACCAACACCUUCACAAAAUUCUUCUGGGUGAUCUUACAGCCAUUUUUCUACGCCAUCAGGCCGUUGUUUGUUAACCCCAAACCACCGCAACCAAUGGAGAUAUUUAACACAGUUUCACAAUUCGCCAUCAACGCCUUGAUUGCAUAUGUCCUUGGUGCUAAGGCAUUGGUCUACCUUAUCGCAGGCAGCCUGUUAGGGAUGGGCUUACACCCGGUCGCAGGUCAUUUUAUCUCGGAGCAUUACAUGUUCAAGAAAGGUUUCGAGACAUAUUCAUACUAUGGCCCCCUUAAUAUGCUCACAUUUAAUGUCGGCUACCAUAAUGAACAUCACGAUUUCCCAAGUGUCCCUGGUUCAUUACUUCCAAAAGUGAGAGAAAUUGCACCAGAAUAUUACAACAAGCUACCCCACCACACGUCAUGGGUCAAAGUACUGUACGAUUUCAUUACCGACCCUGCAAUUGGACCUUACGCUAGAGUGAAACGUAAACGAGCCAUGGACAACCUCAAAAACGAAAACAAUGAAUGAUUUCUGAGAAGCAAAGGGGAAACCCUAUGACUUUAUGUACAAUUAAGGCUUUAAAACCUUAAACUGCACUUAGUGAAAUUUUAUUCACUCUUGUACAAUUCAAAUAAUGUGUUUAUGUAGUAUAUUAUGCUAAAGAAAUUGAGAAAGUUUAUACCUAGUAAUAAAUGUUAUCAAACACAAAAUAUAUGUUGUCAACACUUGAAAUGAGCAUAUAAAAAUAAAUUAUGAGAAUGUGUUACCUUUGACAUACUACUAAAAAUGUAUUGCUGGUUCAUAAUACCACUUGACCUGGUUCUCAUUAAAUGCUGGUUUUGUGUAUGUACUAACCUUGCAAAGUUUCUGUGAUCACAGUAGGAAUUCUACAUCGGUAAAUUCUAUGUUUUGAAGGAUUUGCAAGAAAUGUUUGAGGGAAAUGACUGUUAAACAGUGAGUUAGUUCCCUCUAAAAUACCUUGCAAAUCCUUCAAAUCUUCCAAAUGCAAAAUUCCUACUGUGAUCACAGAAACUUUGAUAGUGUAAAGUGUAAACCAGACUUUAAGAUGAACAGGUCUAUUUCUCAACUCCAUUGAGAUAUCUCUUUUCUUUAUACAAAACAUUCUUCAUACAUAGCUGUUUUUGUGUUAACUGUCAUACUUUUUAAGCCCAAAAUGGCCUAAUGAACAACCUGUGUUACUUUUCAUUUCCCCACAUAAGAUUUAGUCACUCUCUGGUGGUCUGGAGUCUGUGUUUGUGUGCUUGGUCUUUUGCAUUAAACCACUAGCAAGUUUACAUCUUAAACAUUGUUGUACUUAUGUGUUUUACUGCGAUAAAAUAUUACCAAUGAUACCUGCCCAGUCUGAAAUCUCAUUAACAACAAGAUGCUGAUGUUUAACAGAUUGCAAAUUGAUCAUACAACAGCUCUCUGAUCUUGUAGUAUUCGUCGCACACUGCGCCAUCCAAACCAAUACGUCCAGCCUCGUUCUAGAUGAUCAAAAGAUUUUACCUCAGCCGACAGUUUUCUGAACAAAGCGGCAGAUUGAUAGCGA